GGGGGGAGGCGCGGCCUGGGCCCUUUUAAGGCGGCGCCGGGCGGGGGAGGCCCGAGCGGAGCGCGGAGAUGUCGGCGAGUCACGACAGUCGAUCUCGCGAGAGCGGCCCCGAGGGGAUGGAGCCGGACGGGGUCAUCGAGAGCAACUGGCACGAGGUGGUGGACAGCUUCGACGAGAUGAACCUGUCGGACGGCGCUUGCCGCUGCCUCGGGAUCUACGCGUAUAGCCAGCCCGACCAUCCAGAAGCAUUGCCCUGCAUCAAAGGCUAUGACGUCAUCGCGCAGGCGCAGUCCGGCACAGGUAAAACCGCCACCUUCGCCAUCUCCAUCCUGCAGCAGGUGGAGCUCGAGCUCAAGGCCACGCAGGCGCUGGUGCUGGCGCCCACCCGCGAGCUGGCGCAGCAGAUCCAGAAGGUGGUGAUGGCGCUCGGGGACUACAUGGGCGCCUCGUGCCACGCGUGCAUCGGCGGCACCAACGUGCGGGCCGAGGUGCAGAAGCUGCAGCUGGAGGCGCCGCACGUGGUGGUGGGGACGCCGGGCCGCGUCUUCGACAUGCUCAACCGGCGCUACCUGUCCCCAAAAUUCAUCAAGAUGUUCGUUCUGGACGAGGCUGACGAGAUGCUGAGCCGCGGCUUCAAGGAUCAGAUCUACGACAUUUUCCAGAAGCUGAGCGGGAACACGCAGGUGGUUCUGCUGUCGGCCACGAUGCCGCUGGACGUGCUGGAGGUCACCAAGAAGUUCAUGCGGGACCCGAUCCGGAUCCUGGUCAAGAAGGAGGAGCUGACCCUGGAGGGGAUCCGGCAGUUCUACAUCAACGUCGAGCGGGAGGAGUGGAAGCUGGACACGCUGUGUGACCUGUACGAGACGCUGACCAUCACCCAGGCCGUCAUCUUCAUCAACACGCGGCGCAAGGUGGACUGGCUGACGGAGAAAAUGCACGCCCGGGACUUCACCGUGUCCGCAAUGCACGGGGACAUGGACCAGAAGGAGCGUGACGUCAUCAUGCGGGAGUUCCGCUCGGGCUCCAGCCGCGUGCUCAUCACCACGGACCUGCUGGCGCGCGGCAUCGACGUGCAGCAGGUGUCGCUGGUGAUCAACUACGACCUGCCCACCAACCGCGAGAACUACAUCCACAGGAUCGGCCGCGGCGGCCGCUUUGGCCGCAAGGGCGUGGCCAUCAACAUGGUGACCGAGGAGGACAAACGGACGCUGCGGGACAUCGAGACGUUCUACAACACGGCCAUCGAGGAGAUGCCGCUCAACGUGGCCGACCUCAUUUGAAUGCGCCGGCCCCGCCCACAACGCCCCUCCCCCGCCACGAAGCUCCUCCCCCUUUUUUCCCGCCAUUUUUUUCCGUUAUUUUUUUCUAAAUUUUUGUUCCCUUUUUCCGGUUUUUUUUCUGAAUUUCUUUUCCCAUUUUUGGUCAGAUUUUUUUUUUUCCCCA